AGUGGAGAGACGUGCGCCGUGACGCGCCGCGCGUGAUGUGACAGCUAAAUAACAAAUAUAAACACAACUUCAUAAACUUUGUGCCCCUCCAGUGAUUUGAAUACUCUAAAUUGACAAACUGUGCAGUGCUUCUCUUACUAAAGUGAAAAACAACGAGCAAUCUUUAUCCGAUUGAGCCUUCGGUCAGUUGAAAUGCAUGCAUUCCAUCGAGACUGUUGAACUUAAGGCUGUUUUUCGUUCAGUGUUCCUUUUUGAUUCUUAUCAAAGUAAUUUUAUUUAUUCAAUAGUGAACUAUAGACUUGGUUAUGUAGUUACUACAUAAAACAUUUUUUUGUUGUGUGACGUGUUUGUAACUUUCAACUUUGUGUUUUCAAAGUUAGCCGUUAUUUUGACGGGGAUUGCCGAAACGUUCAAGGCUACCCAAGCAUAGGAGACUGGCUAUUCCUCAGGAUCAGCUACUAUCCUUUGAACUCUGACAAUUGACGAGCUGUCACCCACUAAUUCACUCUUCAUUAAAAAUCCGGGGUCAACUUAUACUGGUCAUCAAGACAAGUGAGACUUAAAGGGACUUCGAGAAGGCCUCUGUGUGAUGUGCCGGUUACACCGCACGGGCUCGCAUCUAGACGUGACCUGAUGAGCCAAGAUGAAGUUCUCUACAGGAUCCAGCUCGAGCAGUCUGGCCAGCGACUCUUUGUCCAGAAAGUCCACUCUAUGCAUCUAUACGGAGGUGGUGGACGCGCCACCGCCAUGCGAGAGGAUGGAUAGCAGCUCGGAGGCUAUGGAGCUGCGACGCGAGUUAGAUGCGGUGAGGAGUGCGCUGCAGCAGCAAUCGGAGUCAGUGUUGAAGCAACGGCAUCAGUUGGUAGAGGCUGGACAAGCACUCGCCGCGAGAGACAAGAGAGCAGCACAGGAGCGGAGGCUCCGCCAAGACCAGCUAGCUCUCGUCCUCCGCUCUCUAGUCCUCCUCGAGUCCCGCCUCACCAGAGAGCAGAAGCAAAUCCACGUCGCCCUACAGCAGAAGGAAAAGAUCAUCAAAUCCCAACAAGAGGAAAUCGCCAAGCUCAAAGCCCGUAAAUCCUACUGCAGCAACUGCCAGCAACUCCUCGGGUUCACCAGCGAACAAACCAACAUAGAGACCGACCCUGAGUUCCAAAGCUUAGAAAGCACGGACUCAAGAUUCCAAAACUCAUUCGUGAGAAGCUGUAGUUAUCGCGAAAGAAAUUCUCCACCCGUCUUCCAAAAGAAUACUAGGCUCAGCAAAAGCUUCCAGUUGCCGAAAAAUGACGUCGUAUAUGGCAAUACAAGUUCAAGUGAAGAGGGCAACACUACGAGUGUUGGAAGCAAAGGUACUUUCAUCAAAAACAAACAAGCUUUCGUCCGAAGAGACGUCUUCAGGAGAUCCAGAAAGUACUCAGGAAGGAAAAAUAAUAACAAGUUUUCUGAUAACCAAAAGGGUUACAAUAACCAGCUAAAUAAUAGCAGCAGUGCUGAGGAGUGUGUUGGGAUGAGCUAUCAAGUAAACAAUGACUUAACUGCAAAUCAAAUCGCUAAAGACAUCAGACGAGCGUCUCUAAAAAUUGAUCAGCUUAUCGGUGAAGCCGCUAAGAAGGAACCAGAAAUCCCCUCCAGUGACUCGGAUAAAACUUACUCUACUAAAAUGGAGAGGCUACAUGGAAUCAAAAGACAGGGAUCUGACGAAAUUAAGGCAAAUCGACAACUAUUCUUGAAUAAUGUUUUGAGAGAAGAGGGAAGUGAAAAGCCCUGGUACUGCAAUGUGAGUGACCCAGAACAAGACGCAGAUUGUUUAGACCAAAGAACAGCGUUGAAUAAUGCUAAAUCUAAAUCCACCGAUGAUCUAUUAGGUCCUGUUUUCAAUAACGGCAUUCUUAACGCUGAAAUCGUAUCUGCUAAGAAUGAAGUAUUGUGCAAUAACAUUCUGAAAAAUAACAAUGACAGAUUCAAUACUCGUUUUGAUGAUAAGAAUAAUAAUAUUGAAGCAAAUGUAAAUAAACCUCCAGUUGCCGCUGAAAUCAAUGAAAACUGGUACGCAAGCACAAGUGAUGCUGACGACAGUCCAUCUAAUGAAAUAUACAAAAAUAACCCCGUCCUAGAAUGUGUCAAUCAAAUAUUACUACAAAACUCGUUAGAUGACAGCAGCAAUGACAAUUCUAAGUCAAGCGAGGCUCCAAGUCCAAAAACAACUACAAAACGCGUUCAGUUCUCAACUCUGAACAGUAUUUCUUACGACGAGAAAGUAAGGAAUAAUAAUAACAGUAACAAUACCCUGCCCCGUGCAGACAAACGGUCAAAUAAAAUUGUCAAAUUCAGCUUGGAGACCGCAUCUGAACACAGCUAUGAAGUACCGAACACUGCUCAGGGAUACCAGUACGAGAUACAAAGUAUCUACAGUAAUGAGUAUGAACCAAUCAUUACAAAAACUGCGGAAUCUAAACCUAUUCCAUUGCCUCGCACUGUACCGGCCAUUCCGAUUAAUAAUCAAGACAAUGCUCCCAAAAUAAGAGGCUCUAUUGUUAAGAACAUUGCUGCCAAUAUUGAAAAUCGCAGCAAUAAUGCUCCUGAAAGAAAAUCAGAGAACGACCUCGGUGCCAUGAAGAUAUUUAAUAAAAGGAAAGUACCACGAACUCCUCCUGCUCUGCCACCUAAGCCAAAGAACCUGUCAGCUAAAUGGAAAGCUGAAAACUCUGUCAAACCAGCGAUAGAACCGAUAGACUCUGAAGCCGUUGCGGCUAACCAACGGGUUGCAGAUGUUAAGAUGAGAAAAGUGGGACAAGUAGCAACUAUUAACAAUGUAGAACCGGACUACUGCUCCAUUUCAGAGAUAAAUGUUCCAGUAGUCAGCCACGGGAAGAGAGAGUUGCUACUCACACAGCCAACGGUUGAGAUACACAACGAACAGUACCCGAUACACGCUGUUAGUCAGAGGAACAGCGUCGCCAAGGUUGUCUCCCUGCCGCGGAUCCAGAACAAGAUCAGCGACAAAGAUAUCCCCAAGCUCCCGCAGGUGACGGAGAUCAUCAUCCCCGACGAGGACGAAAAGCCAAAUGAAGAAAAUCGCUCUUUCCAACAAACAACUGAGAGUUACUUGACUAACUUCAACAUGCACCCUCUGCAACCAAAAUUGGACCCUCGUGCUUCAAUCCAAAUGGGUAACACAGUGUCUUCAAUACUUUCUGAAAUCAAUAAAGGAGGAAAGAGUGGCGCUAAGCAGAUAAAUUUGACCGAACUCGACAAUCAAUUUAGUCAUGGGUCUGAAAAAGUUCAGGCUAGCAAUGCCGAGCUCCAUAAAGCUGAAUAUUUCGAUGACAUAGACAAGUUCGAUUUGUCGCAAAAUUUUGAGGAGUUUAAGAUAGACGAUGAGUUGGGUAGUAUAGUGGCGGAGGAAUAUCGCAUCAGCUCUGGAAGCAGCGAUGGUUCCAUGUCGGACGUGGUGACAGAGCACCUGCUCACAAUCGUACCUGAGAAAGACCAGCCUAAUAACAACGGUGAAAAUGUAAAAAACGAGUCCUUUCUUGACAAUGAAAAUUUAACCAAAAGCUUGUCAAAAAACGCAAAGCUGUCUAAUAAGCCUGAUCUCCUUUCUAAUAUAGAGAAUUUAGAGACUGAAUCUGUGAGGAAUUCUGACAUCGAGUCGAGCAACUCUUCAGGGAGCAACAGUGGCUCGUAUAACACUGUGAAAUGCGAGCCAAGAAUGAUCCUGAACAACGCGGAGUCAAACGCGAAAACUAAGGGGUCUUUUGACUUCUUCCUCGAAUCAUCUGGUCUUAGUUCUAAGUCUAUAUUUACGCCAAGCAAGAGCUAUUUGGGCUUGAGACCGCCGAGUGCCAACCACAAGAAUGUUCUGAAGCCUAGGGAUAUUAAAAUGCGAGUCAAGAAUAACUUAGCAACGAACAAAAUCAACGACAAGCCAAUGACGACUGCUAUAAAAUACUUCGAGCCGUAUGUUUAAUAAUAAUAAUUAAUUAAAUUAGAUAUAUAAUGUACUGUGUAUUUUCUUAAUGAAAUGUUUAAAUCUAUUUAUUGUAAAAUGAACUUGCCUGCAUAAUAUUUACUGUAUUUAUGUUGAUGUAAAUAUUUUAACUGUACUUAGUUUGUCAAUUAUAAAACAUUUAACAUUGA